AACGCCAUUACUUCAACGUCGGAGGCCUCGAUCGAAUUAUAUAUAUUUUGAAAAAAAAAUAAAUCAAUAAGUAAAUUGAAGAAACUUUUUUUAAUUUUGUGCCAGUAGUGUCUACAGAAACCGGAAUCAUGAAAAUAUUUCUUGGAUAUUGUCUUAUCUGCAUUUUUGUGGUAAAAGUGCAGAGUAAACCCCAGAUUACCAAACUAUUUCCUGUAAAGGAACUGGUGGCUUUUCACGAGAAGACUAACGAGAUAAAACCGCUUGACAAAUUCCUUGGGAAGUUGAAAGCCGCGUACGAUUUUGUAUUUAAUAAACCAGAAGACACUAGUAAUGUUGAAAAAAUUUUAGCCAAUGACCGUAGCGACGCAACGCAGGAUGCAUCAAAUCCGGAGAUUGAUGCGUUAAAAUUGAUAUGGACGAACGUAAUUAGUUCACAAUCCGUGACAAAUCCGAAAGAUAAUAAGGAAUCUAGUACUAAGGAAACAGUAAGAACUUUGGAAGGGACGAAUGAAAAUCGAAACGUCAUACCUUUGAACGAAGCAACGUCCGUGCUAACUGGAGAUCAGCAUGACGCUUCGGCGAGUAAACCAGAGAAAGCCAAUAACUUGUUCGAUGGCGUACAAGAGGGAUCAAAAUCUUUUGGCGGAUUGGAACUGCAAGAAAAUUCAGACGACGAUAGCGUCGUUGAAACCGUUACCCCGACUUCAACCCUACAAUUGCCGCAAGCCGUCGGCAAACAAUUACUCGAAUGGCUUUCAGCUUUGCUCGGUUUGACCUACGGAGCUUACGUCAAAGUGGCACAAGCUGUUAAAACCUAAAAUUUUAACUAUGAAACAAACUUGGCGAUAAAGAUUUUUGGGAACGAGUGAAUUUGUUUAAUUUUUUUCACAAAAUUAAACACAGUUCACAGUAAAUUACGACGUGUAGUUUUUCCACUAGGUUUCUUUUAUUCCAAAAUAUCUCGAUCAGAAAAAUACAUGUGUGUGUAAUUUUUGGCAAUCAGUAUAUUAUAUGUAUACAUAUACAUAUAUAACAACAGUUUUGUUGAGUAAAUGUAUAUCGCGCAACGUAAAUACAUCGUCACAGUGUUCAAAUGAUCACUAAAAAUCAUAGGUAUGUAGUCUAGUCAAUCUCAAAAAAAUUUCAUAAAAAUGAAUCAUGGAUAAACAGUUCUCCGUAAAUUGAGAGCAAAGAAGUUAUUAAUAAAAUAAAAAUACAGUCAUAUACUGGCAUAAAUGUGUAAGAUCUUUGGCUCGAUUAUUAUGCAGCAUGAUGUAUUAUAUUGUCAUAAAAUUAGCCGACGAAAAAAAGGAAAAUAAAAUUUCCUAAUAAUUACAUAAAUUAUUAUUACUAUUAUUAAGAUUAUUAUUAUUAUUAUUUCUAUUAUUAUCAUUAUUAUUAUUAGUAACCGGUGGGAACAUUUGGUAGCUUCGAUUAUUCAAAGCACUCGAUUAAGUUUGUACAAUUCAAUAAUAUAGUAGGUAUGCAUAUUGUACAAGUAUAAAGAGAGAAGAAAUUCGGUAAGAUUUGUAUGGAAACCAAUAUUCCUUGAAAUAUUAUGCAAUGUCUAUGCCGAAUUUGUUAACUUUAUGACAAUAUUUGGGAAGAGGAAUAAAAAUAAAAUAAUAAUCGUAACAUA